CUUCGAUGACAAACCACGUUAAGACACGAGUGGGAGUUUGUUGAUGUUAUGUUUCCCCUGAAUGUGAUCGUCAUUCCUAAUCCUAAAGCAACAUUUGUGUGUGCUGCAGUGUGGUGUUUCUUUGUAGAUUCAGCAGCUGAGGGGUACAGAUCUUUACGAUGCUAGGUAUCAGGACCCGAUCAAAUCUGAAGCGUAAAGUGACGUCACCGACGACAGGAUCAUCUCAGAAGAGACGAUUGACUUCUCCAUACUCAUUUGAAAACUCGGCGUCAGACCAAUCCCCUUCUCCAAGGAAAAUAGUCAGAUCAGAUGAAGAAUGCUCUCCAACAUUUUCUGCAACCUCCUUCUACAGUCCCAAGGCCAAAGGAGGUUACCAAACGCCAGCAGAGAGACAACAAAGGCGUGCAGAGCUGGGAGAGGUUCUGCCUACUAAACCGCCUGUAGAAACAAAGACAACACAACUCAAGACCAAAAAGCGACAAGGACCGCUAAAGGCGGGCCAUGCAACACAACGCACUGGGCGCUCCACCGGAAAGAAGCCUACCCUGAAAUCAAAGACUCAAACCAAGAAAGAAAUCAAAACACAACCAAAGAGGGUGGAAACAACUCCAAACAAGAAGUCAUCGCCAAGCAAGAAAACCAUCAACAAGUCUCCAAAAAAGAAGUCUCCCAAGAAACGUUCACCAAGCAAGAGGACACCAAGAAAAAGCCCACGAAAAGGAGUGAAAAAAGCUGUAAAACUUUACCUGCAGGGGCUGAAGAAAACCUCUAAGCCAAGCAAAGGCGCCAGUGGAAGGAAAACUAGCAAAAAAAAUGCAUCUAUAAAGCCAGCAGUAGAGAUGACUGAGAAACGAUCACCAAGACCGGUUUCUAAGAAACUUGACUUACAAGACGAAAGCCAAUCCGAUGAAGGAGCAGCACAAAGACUAGACGCACAGGAUGAGUUAUUGAUAAAUGCACCGUCGCCACAGUCUGCAAAGACCCGGGCGAUGAGAUCAAAAAAGGAAUGUCUGGGUGACGUUAGACGCUCUCCGAGGAAAGCUGUCAAGUUAUCUCAGAAGAUGGCGGAAGAUGACGAGGAGGUUCCAGAGGAUCGGGAACAAGAUGGUGAACUUAACUUCCUUCAAGGGUUUGACCCAGAUACACCGGACUCUUUGACUCCUCCCGUCCCACAAGCAGCACUUCCCAAGAAAGCACAAGUUACUACCCUAGCAGCUGCCAUAACGCCCCCAUUGAGCCCAUCCAACGUGAAGCUGAUUAGUUCAAGUCGACAGAGCCCUGCUUCCUCAACUCCGAUCCAACAGAAGAAAGCAGCAACUAAGAUGAAGAAGCUGAUUGAUAAAGAUGGAUUAGAACAACUGACUUUGGACCUGGGCCAGAAGCAUUUUGGAGCAGUAACAUGUGCUAUGUGUGGCAUGGUGUACACGGCAGCUCAUCCUGAAGAUGAAGGUGUUCACGAUAGAUUUCAUCGGAAAUAUCUCAACUGUAUCAAGUUCCAGGGCUGGAAAAAUGAGCGAAUGCUGCGAGAGUUUUAUGACGGUCGGAUCAUUAUGGUGCUUUAUGACGACCCAAAGUAUCACAUCAAGAAGGUGGAAGAGAUUCGACAACUCGUGGAUCAAGAACUUGGUUUCCUUGAAGGAGACGAAGUAGCCUGCAAGUCGUCAUGUAAGGUUCUUCUAUUUAUUACAAGAGAGAAGAAAGUGGCAGGUUGUUUGAUUGCCCAGGAGAUUAGCAAGGGGUAUCGUGUGAUAGCGGACAAGCCUAAAGACACUGCGGCCGUUUCUGAAGAGGAAAAACAGCAGUUUGAGCAGCAGAGAGCGUGGUGUUGUCAGACAGAUCCAGAGCCAGCUGUUUGUGGAAUAAGUCGUAUCUGGGUCGCUAGUCAGGAGCGGAGGAAACAGAUUGCGACAAGGAUGCUGGAUUGCGUGAGGAAUUCCUUCACAUUUGGAACGACCCUACCAAAGUCAACCCUAGCGUUUUCAGACCCAACACCUGACGGCAAGAUGCUCGCUACAUCUUACAUUGGAAGUCCUGAAUUCCUGGUUUACAAGUAUCAUUAAAUAUCGGCCAAUUCUUCCAUCUUGACUCAUGUUUAUGUAGCUUCAGACCGGUAAGUCAAUCUUUAGGCCUUAAGUUCGGUUCAUAUUUCCUGCGAAUGUGAAAGUGAUACGAAAUAUGACGUCACAAAAUUCCAAACAAAUAAUUUGCAUC